GCUCGCCCCCUGUCUGACCCGUUCUAAUACUGCAUGAAUGGUCACUUAUUUACAUAAAGGAAACCUAGCGAGACAACAGUUUUUAUACACAGGGUGUUAUACCUCCUCCAUUCCUUCAGUGGUGCUGUCGUUUACAAAUCUCUUUUUAUGUUUAUCCUACUGCUUACAAAACUUGGACUCGAUGGCGGCUUCCAGGAUUAGGUUUGGGGGUGAGACCUAGGGAUGAAGCCAGGGCGAAACAAACGAAAACCGGGCUCUGAGCUCAACACAGCUCGGGAUCCUGUCACAGAAGAGGUCGCGGAUCAGCGUAGGCCUAAAAGGAAACGAGUGUCAGAGCCCAAGGAGCAGCAAGAGGGCUCCAGUGAUCAUGUAUUGGAGAAGGGCAGUGGGAGAAAGAAGAGGAAGGCGACAGGCAAACAAAGACAGAAGCAGCAUGAGACAGUCGAGGAGGUCACUCAAAUUGGAAAGACUCCCAGCUCUGGAUUUUGUCGGCUCUGUCAUGGAAAGUUCUCCUCUCGUAGCUUGCGUCAUGCCUUUGGGAAGGUGCCGGUGACCUAUCAGAAUGCAGAACAUCAGAGACGCGUGGACCAGUUGUUCUUUACCCACUUUCAACAGCUGGUUGGAGUAUCUGUCCAACGGGAUCCUGAACUGCCCCAGUUUGUAUGCACAAGCUGCCAUGCACAGUUUUACAAGUGUCGCAGCAUAUUAAGGACAUUUAUCCUGAGAGUGAACACCUCCCCUACAGAUCCUCGCCACGGUGAAGGAAGAAAAAUGCAAGCUGCAGAUGAUACCACAGAAUCUUCUUCAGAUCUGAUCGUUUCAAGCCCAGAGUCCCUGCACAGCCUGAUGAGCUGGACACACAAUCAUGCAGGAAUCUGCUCAACUGUACCUAACCUACAACAGGUACUAUCCAAGCAAUACUUUGGCAUUGUCAAAGCAGUAUGGGGUUGUGGAGGUGGACAUGAUUAUGUGAUGGAAAUGGAUCCAGACUCCAGUACAUCAUCUAACCAAACAACGAAGGAUAAGUCUAUGCCACAUAAUCCUAGUGCACCUCCUGGCAUCAACGCAGAGGAAGCAAAAGCUCCCACUCGGUCCAGGAUCCAAGGCAAGAUAAGCAGCACUCCAUCACUUUCUGAUACAGAGGAUCGUGUACAGAGCAAAUCACCUGCACUACCUAUGGACGCAGAAGCCUCUAUGUAUUCAACAUCACACAUUGCAUAUGUUGACUGCAGAGAGCCGCUGUUGAGUGGAGCUGCUGUAAAUGGGCAAGACUGCAGAAGCCAUUGUCUUGAUUCUAAUGAAAUGACAAAAGAUGAAAGUACAGAUCUUUCAGACAGAGACUUUCCCAGUAAUGAGGAAGAGGACUCGCGAGAUCAUCCAUUCUCUGAGGACCUGAAUGAACUCUAUCAAGAAAAGGCAGAAGAAAAACCUGCUCAGAAAAAGAGAGGACCAAGGCGAUCCAGGAAGCCAAAAGAGCCCGGAGAAAGAAAAAAGCCAGGUCCCAAACCAGGUUGGAAGAAGAAGCUUACUGGUGACCGUGGGGAGCUGCCUACCAUAUACAAGUGUCAUUAUCCUGGCUGUACGGCUGUAUACAGAGGAGCUGAUGGUAUGAAGAAACACAUAAAAAAUCUACAUGAAGAGAUGAAAGAGCAACCUUGUCCACACCCUGGCUGCAACAAGUUAUUCACAAUUGGCCGGUACUUGCAGCGUCAUUUUAAGCUUAUUCAUUCAAAUCAGAGGAAUUAUAUUUGUGACCAGUGUGGGCAGGCCUUCAAGCAGAGGAAACAUCUCUCUGUACACCAGCUACGACAUUCAGGAGCAAAACCUUUGCAAUGUGAAAUCUGUGGAUUUCAAUGCAGACAGAGGGCUUCCCUCAAGUACCAUAUGACAAAGCACAAGGCUGAAGCAGAACUUGAGUUUGCCUGUGACCAGUGUGGAAAGCGGUUUGAAAAAACACAUAACCUCAACGUUCACAUGUCCAUGGUUCAUCCAUUGACUCUAAACCCACCUAAGACUGAAGCAGAAUCUGACAUCCAGUCAGGUACUGUUGAUGGACAGACUACUAGCACAGUUGAUGAAAGAGCUAUAGGGAUUAUAAAUGGACAGGUCAACAGUUCAGUGGAUGAACAUACUUCAGGCUCGUUGGAAGGACAGACCAUUGAAACCACUGAUGAAAAGACGAGCACAGUGACUGAGCAGGUUAUUGGUACAAUGGAUGGUCAGGAUCCCGGCACAGUGACUGCAUUAGCUCUUGGUACUGUGGAUGGACAAGUCAUAGGGAUUGUAGACAGACAGAUUUCAGGUUCAAGAGAUGGAGAGGCCAUAGGCAUUAUCAAUGGACAUGCAAUUGCGAUGGUAGAUGUACAUUCCAUUGGAAUUGUACAGGAACACAUGCCAGGCACAGUGGAGGAACAGGCAAUCAACCCUGUGGAGGAACAUAUUGUAGGCGCAGUGGAGGAGCAAGCCAUCAACCCUGUGAUUGGACAGCUGCCAGACACAGUAGAGGAACAGAUACAAGGAACGAUGGAGGAGCAGGGCAUCGUCCCUGAAAAUGGACAGCUGCCAGGCACAGUAGAGGAACAGGCUAUCAGCACUGUGAAUGGACAGCUGUCAACUACAAUUGAAACACAGGCUAUUAGCCCUGUGAUUGGACAGAUGCCCGUAGAGGAGCAGAUCACACAACCUGAACUAAUGCAUACAAAUGCAUAAAUUAUUCUCUUUUUUUUUAUUGGUUUUUAAUGACUAAUUGUACAGAGCAUGUGCUUGGAUUCUGCAUUUCACUAGUCUCAUCAAUUUUACCAUGUUUCUUUGUAUGUCAGGACAGCUGUGUGUGCAAGUGAGGACUCCUAUUCAGAAUUUAGUUUAUGUUUGUCAUUUUUUCCCUCUCUAACAUUAUAUUGUGAAAAGUACAACUCUUUUGUAAAAAAAAGUUUAAUAAGGAAGGAUAGAAUAUGGACAGUCUUUGAAUAAAUUAUUUACAGAAUGCA